AUGUGUCUCUACCGAGGCAUCUACUACCACGAGUGCGGCCACAGCCGUUUCCUCCUCCACACCUUCUGCGACCGCCUCCUCAACCAGCUCCAGCGCAUCAACGACCCCGAAGAACGCCAAAGACACGCUAUCCCAUUCCACGGAUCAGGCUGCGAGCCACGCGUUAAACUAAAGGAAGACCGCUCGGUAGACAUUACGACCAGGGAUCUGGUCAAGGAAUGGUCGAAUGUGGUGAGGUGGGAACAUAAUAUGGUUGAGGUCUGCCGCGAUUGUGGUGCUAUGGGGUUCGAUGGCAUUUCGGAGAUUGGGCAGUUGAUACCCUGA